AUGAAAGCGCAGGUGGAUGUGGUUUGCUGUAAAUCAGUAGGAACUGAUCUGUCCAUGCUGGAUAUUGAGGAUUUCAUCACAGAAAUCUGUCAGCUGAAGAAAGAGGUGGCUUCACUGGAGGCAAAGCUGAGAGAAAGAGGAGACAAACUGAACAGAGAGGAUGUGGAGCAGGUUUGGGUGCGUGAGACUGAUGGGACAGAAGCUCAGGAUUCAGUCUGGAGCGUCAGAGAUCAGAGAUCCAGAGACACACAGGACUCAGAGCUCAGCCUCACUUUACUCUGUUAUACUGACGCUCAGGAUCAUGAAUCCACUGAUCAAACCUCUGACUGUAACGCUGGAGAACAGCAGAUGCUGCAGACGCCGCUGAAGAUGUGCUCCGUCAAACUGGUGGACUGCAGGAACCUGAUCGAGAAUGAUAAAGGCUGUUCAUCUUCUGAUGGAGAGACAGACUUAACAUCAAAAGAGCAGCUGACGGCCAACAGUUUCUCCUGCAGCACCUGUGGAAAAACACUGAGUUCAGAGGGUCAUUUAGCAAGACAUGAGAGAAAACGCACAAAACAGACAAACUACAGCUGCAAGAUCUGUAACAUCAGCUUUCCUACCACAGAAGAGAGGAGACUUCAUUCAAAAGAGCACAGCGGGAAGAAGGAGUUUCACUGUGAGCAGUGCGGGAAAGAUUUUUUCAUUCGUUCUAGUUUAAAAGCUCACUUAAAGACUCACGGUGAAAAGUCUUUCCACUGCAGUGAAUGUGACAAGUAUUUCAGCACCAAAGGAAAUCUUGAUGCUCAUAAGCGAAUCCACACGGGUGAAAGACCAUACAAGUGUCCUCACUGCGAGAGAAGAUUCAAUUAUGGAUCUCAUCUGAAGACACACGUGCGUUUGCACAACAAUGAGAGACCGUAUCAGUGCAGUGAAUGUGGCAAAGCCUUUACAGACUCAAGCUCUCUAAAGUCACACCAGAAAAUCCAUUCUGAUGAGAAACCGUUUCAGUGCAAACACUGCGACAAACGAUUCCGUCAAAGAUCUAAUCUGAACUAUCACGAGAGGAUUCACACUGGAGAGAAACCAUAUCUGUGCGCCCACUGUGGGAAAAGCUUCUCUGAUCCACGUUCUUUUGUAUUUCAUAAGCGAGUCCACACCGGAGAAAAACCAUAUCACUGCAGCGUCUGUGGGAAGAGUUUCAGUAAACAUGGCACAUUACAAAACCACAUGAGGACUCAUACUGGAGAAAGACCGUUCAAAUGCUCACAGUGUGAAAAGACGUUUGCUCGAUCAGACGUCCUUAAGGUCCAUCAGCGAGUUCAUACAGGAGAGAAACCUUACUCCUGCUCCAUCUGCAGCGAGAGAUUCGCUUAUUUAGGUAGUUUCCAGACCCACCAGAACAAACACGCUAAAGAACAAACUGCUCCAGAAUCAUCAGAGUGACUUUCAUCAGUCAAUCUGGGAAAGAAAUCUUGUUUGGCUCGUCCUGAAAGUGUUCAUUGAGUUCUUACUGAGUGAACUUUUUUAAUGCUGUGGAUUGAUCCAAGUUCUGUAUAUAAUGUCACGUUUGACAGAGUAAAGCAAUGAUUUUAUGUUAAACAAGACAGAACUAUUAAAAAUUCUCAAAAUAAAAUACUACAAUAAUAUGAUCUCCUAGGUUUUAUAAGGCAUGUUUUAUGUGUUGAAAUGCAUGAAGGAGAGUCUGGCAAAUACACUCUACUUUUUCAUUGUUGGACCGGUUUCUUUUAAUCAAGAGAGAGCCAUGCUUUAACUAUCAAUUUCAUCACUGUUCUUCAAGAGCAUUUGUGCCGCCAUGGAAGGUAAGAUAUUAACUUUGUAGAAACAAAUCCUCUGGGAGGAAAAGUUUGUUGGUUUUGUGGCAGCUACUUGAACUUAACUGUAAUGUCAAAUAGAAUUAAAGAUCAGAUAACAUUAAA